AUGGCAGAUUCUCGCAAAGUCAAAGACGGUACGUUAUUACGGUUUAAGAGUGGUCUUUUGAGUAAGAAAUGGAAAGAGUGCUAUGUGGUGCUGUUCAGUGAUUCAACACUUGCUUGGUACGACAAAAAGUCCGAUUCUCGACCGAUUGACUCCGUUUUCCUCAAAGAUGUUGUACCUUACAUUUGUGUCGGAUUGUUAUGCGACAGAAUGCCUGUUCGUCGCCCUCAACUUCCAGACAAAUAUUCAGUGCAUCAUUUAGUGGGAAUCGGUAUGGAUCCACAAGCCAGUAAAGUACACUGGUUCUUGUUCUCGUCAGACUCCGAUCUCGAGUCUUGGUUCACUGAAAUCACGAAGACUCUUCCAAAACCUGCCAAUCCACCGCCUCAAAAUGUACCAUCUCAACCUCAGCCCGCUUCAGGCGCAGGAGCGCCACCUCCAGCCUACAAUCCGCCAGCUGUGUAUCCGAGCGCACCUCCACCCGUUAAUCCACCACCACAAUAUCCUCCACAAGGCGGAUAUCAACCCCAGGUUGCUGGCUACGCAGGUGGACCAGGACCAGCUCCUGGUUAUAAUGCGCAGUACGGGGGUGGAGGACCAGGAUAUGCUCCGGGAGGUGCUGGCUCCAAUACAACUGUUAUUAUUCGGGAUGGCGGCGGUCCAGGCUAUAGCAGUCCAGGACGUAGCAGUGGACCUGGAUUUGGGACUGGGAUUGGUACAGGUCUUUUGAUGGGUUCACUAUUGGGGUAUGGAUUAGGUAGCUGUUGGGGUGGAGGACUCUAUCCGAGUUACGGAUUUGGCGGAGGAAUGGGAUAUCCGAUGGGUAUGGGAGGUGGUUACGGCAUGGGAGGUGGUUACAUUCAGGACAACGAUACAUAUGUAACGAACAAUUAUUACAACGUAAACGAUAACGACACAACAACGAACAAUGACAUAACGAAUACAACUACUAACGAAACUAAUAAUGAUGCUGGAGGGGCAGGUGACGACUAUGGAUAUGAUGAUUACGGGGGUGCGGACGAUUACGGAGGCGAUGGUGAUUUCGGUGGAGGAGACUUCGAUGGAGGGGACUUUGGAGGGGGUGAUUUUGGCGAUUUUGGUGGAGGUGAUUUUUAG